UGGAAGUUUGACUUUUGUCAUAACAUGCAUUUGUUUCUUGCAAACAACAUUUUAGUCAGUCUCUGAACUUUUCUUUUAGAGAAUUAUACGUAGUAGCUAGUCUCGGUUCAAUGAACCUCAACUGUUGGAACGACAAAUUAUGUUCAAGCAGUUGCAAGAACUCUAGAGGCAAAAGAAACUCCAAGAAUUAAAGGAACCCAAACAACAAAUUGUGAUGGAUCAGCUAGCUCUGAUGCAUAAUAAAUCAUCCUCUGGGGCUCGAUAUGGCCAGCUAAAUACUGGUGUAGCAGUUCGUGAUCCAUCCAGUAUGUUUAUGUUCGGUGACACAAAGUUGAUUAAUGGAGUAUCGAACAAACUGGUAUUUUCACAGGCUCAAAAUCGAUCUGGGCAGCCGACGAGUGGAAAUAGUUCAAGUCAAUUCUCUCAUUUUCAGGGUCUGGCUUUUAAAUCUCCUGGUUUGUUGACCAAAAAUGAAAAUCUUCAAGCAGGGAUCUUUGGUAAAUCCUCUAUAGGUGAUAAAACUAAUGGUUCUUCUACUGAAGAUAUGGUUACUUUGGAUCCACUGGAACAGAAGAUUUUGUUCAACACGGAAGAUGAACCCUCUGGGGGCAUAUUUGAAAGCAUGAAUAAAGCGGUUGAUUUUCCUUCUCUUCAAAGUGGAAGUUGGAGUGCUCUUAUGGAAUCUGCAGUGGCAGAAACUUCUAGUAGUGAUGGUGGGGCACAAGAAGAGUGGAGUGGAUUGAGCUUUCAGAAACCAGAUGUGCCUAAAGCUGAAAUUGAUGAGGAUGCAUUAACUCCGUCAUACAGUAAUAAUUCUCGUUCACCGUAUGUUGGUUUAAGGUUGACCCCCCCAAGUCAAAGACCUAUUGUAAAUUGUUCUGACCCGUCUCGGAUCUCUAAACAAGCGGAAACAUCCCAUCAUGUUUCGGUGAAGAAAGAAGACGGUGAACAAUGGUCAACACAACCACAGAAUAGAUGGAUGGACGUACCUGGGCAACAAAUUUCUUCUGCCAUUUGUGAGCCUCCUUGUACCUCAUACACAACAAAAAGCAGGAUGGGAACUGCUUCUGGAUCACUCUCAGGAAAUAUAGAAGCUGAUGGACUUUUGUUGAAGCAAGUAGAUUCUCCCCCUCAUAAUGUAAUUAGUGUGAAGGCAGCAUUGAAGCGUGAAAGGGAGCACUGUGACAAUAAAAUCCCUCAGAUAACCUCACCUUGCUAUUUAAAUUUUGCUUAUGGAAAUGAUAAAAGUCAUCCUUUUGAUCAGUUGGCGAAAAACUUAUCUCAGCCUCAUGGGAAUCAGAAAAAACGCAAUUCUUUGAUGCAACACUUAGAUGUACCUAACCAAAUUAGAGCAAAAUCAAAGAAGAGAAGAUAUCCUACUUAUGAACGUCUACCGUGGCAUAAAGAAGUGGCAGAAGUCUGUUCUUGGCUUUAUGAUAUGAGCACUGCUGAACUGGAGUGGGUGCAUGCUGUGGGUCGUCUGCCUGAAAAGUCGAAAGAACAGGCUAAAGGAAUAGCAGAUCCACUUUCUAUGGUUCAUUACCGAAAGAGAAGACUUAACAUAACAACACAGCUUAUGCAACUGUUAUUUCGUGCACCAGCAGUAAUUCUCUCAGAAGAUGCUGCAGCACAUUGUGAUUCUGUGACAUACCAUGCUGCUAGAUUAGCACUCGCUGACGCAUGUAACCUAUGCUCGACAUCAGGGAAAAACAUAACUUUUGAUUGGAGUAGUGACCUGGAUCUUUCAAAAACUGUAGAAGCGUUAAUUGAUAAAUCGAAGAGGCUGCAAGACCAGUUAUCAAGGAUGGAGGAAGGAGAGUCGACAAUUCUGGAAGUGCGGCUGGAUUAUCAAAACCUGGAGAAAUUUUCAGUGACCAACCGUUUUGCCAAGUUUCAUGCUCGAGGGGAACUGCUCACUGGUGAUACAGAAUCAUCUGGUGUUUCUUCCUCUAAUCCAAAAGUAUAUUCUCAGAGACUCUUUAAAGUUAGUCCAAUGCCCGAUACAAUACCUGAAGGGCAAAAAUGUAUUUCUCUAUGAUAGCUAGUUUGAUAUGCUCCCUUAUGCCAUCCGAGGCUUCCUAGUCCUCGUACUUGUCUAACUAAACUCUAGCUUAGUCUUAUUGACUUAAAUCAACUCUAACAAGUAUCUAAUGGUUUUGUAAAUGUUAAUGAUAUGCUAGCUAGCUAUGGACCUUUUAGGAUUUGAUCU